CUUUAGCUCAACUAUAGCAGUAUCAACAUAAUAAACUGUUUGUAAACAUGCUGUUGUAAACGGUGCAUUAUUAAACAUUCAGUAAGUUUAAACAGUAAAGCGAGCGCUAUGUCGGACAGAAAGCGACGAAGAGAGGAGAAGAGAGAAAAAACUAAAGAGAAAGUGUAUAAAGAUGAGGAGCAGAACUACAGCAUUCACACUGCUAAAGUCAGUCUGGAGGCGCAGAAACUCAAACAUGUCGAGACGUUCUAUGAAAAACCUCCCCCAGGACUUAUAAAGGAAGACGAUGAGAAACCAGAGGACUGUAUACCCGUUGCUCCUGGUAAUGAGCAUGCCAGGGAAUUCUUGGCUCAUGCACCCACUAAAGGCUUGUGGAUGCCUUUGGGCAAGGAGGUGAAAGUCAUGCAGUGCUGGAGAUGCAAGCGUUAUGGCCACAGGACUGGUGACCGAGAAUGCCCAUUUUUCAUCAAAGGAAACCAGAAACUAGAGCAGUUCAGAGUGGCACACGAAGACCCAAUGUAUGACAUCAUCAGGGAAAACAAACGAAAUGAAAAAGAGACGAGGAUCCAGCAGCUGCAGCAACUCCUGCUGGAUACCACAUCUGACUCGGAUUCUAGUUCCUCAUCAGACCACAAAAAGAAGAAGAAGAAAAAAGAAAAGAAGAAGAAAAAGAAGAAGCACAAGAAGAAUAAAAAACAGAAGUCAAAGGGCAGCGAUGACUCAGAUUAGGGGAAGACCAGUAUGUGUGUCUGUUGAGAGAUGAGAGGAAAUUAUGUAAAAGCAGCUAUUGAACAUGAAGGGGUUAUAAAGACUAGAAAGACUGGAUUAGUCUUAUAUUUGAUUCAUAAAGGCUUUACCACAUGAAAAUAGAGUUUAAGCUUGUGACCUAAGUCACAAGUGUCAUGUGACUGACUGGAGGUACCAUCAAACUUGUUUUAAUAGUGCUAAACUGUGACUACCCACUUUGUCUAUGGUCAUCUGUCAUUUGUUUGCUCUCAUUUGUCAUGGUCAUGUUAGAAAACCAGCCAGCUGGAAAAGCUAGCAACCAGAUUCAUUUUUAGUGGUCGCCACAGCAAAUAAUUCUGGUCUGCAUGCCUGAUUUGGCACAGUUUCUACCUAACACAAUCCUUUUUAUUUUAUUUGGGCAGUGCUUAGGAUAGUCGGUCAUCCCCAUGCCCCCAGUCGUGUCUGUGUAGACGUCCAACUGGCUGAUAACACCAUUGAGAUUUGAACCUUGGGUCGCAAUGGUAGUGGGAUACCUAGUUGUACUGCUAAGUACCCCACGAUCUCAAUAUAUGUUUACAACUGUCAGUGUAUAAAUUGGCUAAAAGUGGAAGAAAAGCAAUUCAUUAGCAUAAUUUCCAAUGGCUACGGAAGUUAUUUUUGUACAAUCUCUGUACUCUUGCUUUGUUCUGUAUUGCUAACAAAAAAAGUGGGCAUUAGAGACACCUUUGUUAGGCUAGUUACCCUUUGCCCUUCCUCCCAGCCUGCUGUUUUCCCCUUGUGCUGCUUAAUAAUACAUGCAGGCCUUUAUUUCCUGUCAUUAGAGAUUGGUCACUUAUGCAACAUCUCUGGCUGCUUCCAAAUAGCUGGGUCAAACUCAACUGUCGUUGUGUAUGCGCCUCAGGCUUUAGAUUGUCUUUGCUUAUAAUUAAGUGAACUCUAUUAUGAAAAGAUAUUUUAAUAAGCCUGGUCUGCUUUUGUGAUUGUGCCAUCUGCAUGUUGUGUUCUUGGCAUUAAUUCUUUGUGCAUUUUGAUUUCCUUUCUUCUAAGCAAUGUGUUUCUGUAUAUGAUGCUUUACUUAAGUUAUGGAAGGAUUAAUGCAAAUAUACAUAAUGUUCUGUACAUUUGUAUUUAUAAACGGGAAGGUACAUUA